AUGGCUGAUUGUUUGGAGUGGUUAAAUGACACAUGUCACUGGUCAGGUUCAAAUCCGUUGAGUGAACAUGUCAUUCACAAAGGAGCUCAACCCAACUCAAAAGAAUCUGCUGCUGCUGCAAAGGGAGAUAACACAUCAGGAAUCGUUGGUUGGGACAACAAUGGUAUUGAUACUGCAGGUUUUGCAGCAUGGAGACGAGGAGAAGAAGUAUUGAACUCGGCUAGCUUAGACUACCACGUAUUUGGCACAAUUGGAAGUAGAAUUAUUGGUUUUGAUAAUUGGACACAAGAAGUAGAUGUCGAUGGUGACGAGGACGAGGACGAGGACGAUAGAUACAAGCCAGAUAUUGAGCCGGGAAUUGAAACACCACCUACUUCUCAGGUGCCGCUACCUUUGAAGAAUAUUAACUUUCGAGAGUUGGAAGGACAUUAUGAAGGCACUGAUUCUGCCAUGAACCCCAUACCAUCUGGCAAAUACAUUGAUUUGGCAAACCAUCAACAAGUGAAUGAGUUUAUGCAAGCUCAUUAUGUUGACAGUUAUAAUGGAUUCAAAGAACCGGAAUAUGGCUCUUAUUCGAGUACAACAGUAUUUUCCAAAAGAGAUUUGAUGAAGAAACCAUUUAUUGUACUUGGAAGUUUUUUCAAGAAAUUGUCAAUCCACAAAGAACCAGUUACAGGUCGUAAAUUGUCCCCUAAUUCAAGUUCAAGAACCAAAGAAGCAAAGGAUGAAGAAGUGCAGCGGGUAAUGGACCAUUAUUAUGUGAGAGGUUUUUCUGCUUCCGAAGUGUUACAAGAGGUGCUGCUGAGACUGCGUUUAAAUCAACUGCUGCUGAUCCAAUGA